GUGCCAGAGUUUUCCAUUGGCUGCACUGAAUUGUGCGGUUGUCAAAGUUGUAUUCGAAUGGGUGAAGUUGUGAUAUUGUAACGAAUUACGGAAUGGAAGAGAAAACCAAUAUACGCGAGAUAAUAGCAACAUUAAGUGACCACACGGAAAGAAUAUUAUGUAAGAGACGACAGGAGUUGAAGGACGAUGAGGUUGUGGUGAAAGGGGUUAUUGACAGACUUAAUUCUCUGAAUUAUGUUCGAAAUACAGGGUGGCCAGAUAAAGAGGAGAUCCUGAAUGCUUAUCAAAAGGCUCGAGAGGAUCGUGAUGAAUAUAAAUUUCAACUAAAUGACUGCAAAACUAAAUUAAAAGAACUGAAGGAGGAGCUUGAAGCAACAAGACUGAACCAGACACAGCACAAUAUAUCCAUAGCAGCAGAUUUAUCUCAAAUCAAUGAAAGGAAAAGCUGUGCCUAUGCGAGAUUGGAACCAGGUGCUAGCAACAAGAAUGGUGCUGGGGGAGAACCUAAUACAAUACACUCAGCUUCUGAAGAAACAUAUAAGAGAGAACUUCAGUAUCUUCACAAGACAAAUGAACAAUUCCUUGAAAAAAUUCGUAAGCUUGAGUCUGAUUUGCUAUCACAGGAAGCACUCAAGGAAAAACUGAAUGAGUAUGAAGGAGAAAAUAUGAAGCUUAGGAAAAUUGCAGAAGAAAAACAGGCAAAAAUGAUGGAUAUGCAAAUCAAAUUUGACGAAAAAUUUAAAAAUUCGAAACGUGAUUUCACUUUCGAAAUCUCUAUGUUGAACAGCAAAAAUCUAGAGUUAGAGAAGCAGAGAGAGGUUUUGGGAAUCGAGCUAGCAGCAGCACAUGAAGAAAUAAGAUUAUUGAAGCUGUCGCUUAAGAAUCCAGUGAAAGAAGCAGCAGAACACGGUAACUGCACUGAAUUUGCAGAUGAGGCUGUGACUAAUUCAGAACAGACAGAAAAGGAAAUUACACUUGGAAAAGAAGAGCUCUUGAAUGUAAAUACACAAAGGGAGAAAAGAGGUCUGCUGCAAUCAAUAGAGAAUAUGCCUGAGCAUUGUUCUCUUACAAGCCUGUCAGAACAAUCACUCACUGAGGAGCAACAAGUAAUGGUGGAUGAAGCUAAGGAGUUGGGUCUUGGAGUUAACAGAGGAACCAAAAGAGGUCAAAGAGGGGCCAAAGGAUCAAAGAAGGAACGAGUUGCAUCACAGAAACAAGAAGCAAAAAAGAUGAAGUCAUCAGACGAGACAAACGAUGAUCCUUUACAAAAUAUAAAAAAUGAAUCAGUGGACACAAGUACUUCGAAUACCAGGAAGGGUACACGAAUGAGAACAGUUGUAAAUGCAAAGAAAAAGACCGUUGAAUCAAGUAAAGAUGCUGCUGUAACAAAUAAUAAGCAGAACAAGAAAUUGGCGGCUAAACAAGGAGCGGAUGAAAAUGUGGAACCAUGCCCUCUUGAAUACAGUAGAUCUUCAUCGAACGUUAACGUUACGUUGGAAAAGAUCAAACUUACUGAAGAUACAUCAACACCAAUCGGAAAACUGUUAAAAAAGGUACAAGGUAAUAACAACAAACGCACAAAUCGUAGGAGGAAUAAGUAAUUACAGAGCAGAAAUAUGUCUUACGAAAUGAGCAGAAAUAUGUCUUACGAAAUGAAGUGAGAAUGUUGGUACAUACUGUUUUUUAAUUGCUGUGGCAUGAAUAAUUUUGAAGUAAUUUUCUUGUGUGCAGCAUAACUAUUUCUGUAGACUAAUAAAAGCACUUGGUUUAAGAGCAUCA